UGAAUUUCAGCACUUGAUAAGUUGAUAAAGCAAUGUGCUGAUAUUAUUGUGUAGCUGUAUUUUCAAGAAUUUUGUACAUUUUUCAACGAUCUGAAUGAAACAUUUAGUUAACAGCUCUUCUCAUUUUUCUUUUUGAAUGAAAACUGGUUAAAGAUUUUUAAGUACAAAAUCCUUUGACAUUCCUCAAUGUCUGACAAGUCUUCUCGCUCACCUAUUCCCUGGCAUUAAUCUGCGUUUCUGCAUGUCUUUGAUGCCAGGCAUGUGUAAGCCAAUGCCAACAGCAUCAAAGACAACGGACAGAGAAAGUCUUCGAGUGUACAAGAAGUACAAAGGACUGUUUACAAAGAAUAUAUCUUGUUAUGAUGUAAUGGCAAUUUCUUUUCUUUCGGGAUGACGCGGGAGGCGAUCAGUAAUAUUUAACUACGCCAGACUGCUGAGUGAGUCAGGGCAGCCCCGUCGAGAUGGAUGACACGGGAGAAUUAACCAAUGUGCCUGACUAUCAGAAGAUUAGACAGACCAGUCAAGUGUCAGGAGGGCCUGGUACAGCUGGAGAACAUCAUCCAGACUGGAAUGAAGAUGUAGAGACUCUGACGCCUUCCCCUGUCGUGCGGCCGCCCAGUUCUUCUGCAUCGACGAGCCGUUCCAUGCCGCAGCAGCAUUAUGCCAACUACGCACUCGGAGCUUGGCCUGGCAAGCAGGGCAGCAGCACCUCCCUGGCGACCAGCAAGGCGUCAUGGGAGGCUCAGCCUCAGCCAGCGUACAACCCGUCGCGCUAUGGCCUGCUGGCGGCCAGCCACAGCAUGUCCUCCAUUAAGGAAGACACGUCCUUCUUGCCUCAGGGAUUCUCGCAGCCAGUCUCCAAGUACCUGGACACCAAUGGUGUCGAGAGGCGAGUCAUACGCAGGAACGUGUCUCCCAACAGGAAGAGCUACACAGAGGGAUUUUUACUUCGAGACUCCCCGGAGUACUCUUCAUACCCCGAGGGUCGGCUAAUUAAAUCGGCGAGUCAGAGAAACGUUAACCACGAUUACUCAGCUCCGACCAGAGGGGAUAGUGGGUUUGUUGGCGAUGGACACAGCGAACGAUCACCCCGGCAGAACUUUGCCAAGAGCCUCGGGGGUGGGGGUAGUGGUGUUGGCGGGGGCUACCAGUCAUCUCAUGGGGGCCAACCUGGCGUGUCUCCCAAGGCGGAGCAGUGGAAGGAAAUAGGGGGAGGUCACCUGGCGGGCAAGAACCCACAGGAGGAUCUGAGGCAUUGGCAGCAGCAGCAUCAGGAGGAGCUGCUUCAUCAGCAUCUGGAGACACAGGCCCUCUAUGAGAGCCCUGGCCCCCCGCCGCACCACCAGCACAGCGUCAACACCAGCUUCGGCAAGAUGAUGGUACAGGAGGAGCCACCGGCGCGCUGGGAGCCCGUGCGGCGAGCUGCGGACAACAUUAUUCGGGAGAAGAACAUGAUCAUCGACAAAUUAAAGAAUAGGAUCCUGGAACUGGAAGAAGAUUUUCGGGUGUCAGAGAGCAAGCUGAGACAGUCUUUGAUUUCAAAAGAAGAUGACGCUGACGUUGUGAAGCAGAAAUUGCAGGAAAUGCAGCACAAAAAUGCCAACCUAAAGGAGCAGCUCAAUGAGGAGCGAGCCAAGAAGAACUCAGAAAUUGAUGACUUGGAGCUCAAACUCGGGUCAGCGGAGCACGAAGUUCAACAGCUGAAAGAUGUGUUGUGGAACAAAGAUCUAGGAUCCUCAGACCUGCGUGCUCAAUUGGAGGACAAAACCCGUGAGGCUGAGGCUUGGCGUGCCAAGUUUGACGAGUCUCGCAGCAACCACCAGGACAUGAAGAAGAAGCUUGACAGUUUACAGCUCUACCUGGAUGAGCUGCCUACAGUGGAGGAGAGCAGAGUCCAAGCACAGCAGAUGAUGUCUUUGAGAGAAGAUAACUUUGGGCAGAAGAGCAGGCUGGAAGGACAAGAGAAAAAACUGGCGCAGCUGAGGAAAGUCGUGACAGCACGAGAUUUUAGGAUCCGGGAACUGGAGGACAAUGAAAAGGACCUUGAGACAAAGCUGAACGAGACGCAAGACGAGCUGGAGAGACUGCGUGACUCUGGAGGCUCUGAGUUCUACAACACGCAGCGAGAGCUCAAGGCUGCCAAGGCUGACAAGGAGAGGCUGGCUAUUGAUUUGGAGAAAGCAAAGAAGUUGCUGGAAACCACCCACCAGAGGUUGCGGCAGGUGGAGAUAAAGUAUCAAGCUGAGCUGCGAGCUGCGGAAGAGAGAGUGGUGCAGGAGGAAGAGGCAGUUGUUUCCCUCCGCGCUGAGAUUGCCUCAAAGGAAGAGCAGGCGGAGAAUAUGAAGAAGUCAAUUAAAGAGUUGGGUGUUCGAAACCAGGAACUUCUUGAGCAGAGCCUGUUGGUGCGGGAGCAGGUGAGGCACAUGGAGGCCAGCAGCACAGACAGCACCGUGGCCUUACAGAGGCGCUUCAUGCUUCAGCUCAGCCUGUGCUUCUCUGAGCUGCAGGCGCUGGUCCAGGUGUGCUCUCAGAGGGCGCAGGGUCAAGACCCAGAUAUCUCCGUGCUGUUAGGGGUGCACAAAACGGAAGCUGAUGAUGAUGGCGCUGCGGGUGCUGGCGGGAGAGACGCCAAUGAGACGAUGACCCAGUGGCUGUCUCGUCUCGGGGAGCUGAGGCGCGAGGUGGACAAACUGCGUGCUCACAUCUGCAACAAGUACGCCGAGGACAUGGGGGACAACAUCAACUGUGCCACUCAGUGACCGUGGACGCAACAACGCUUUAGUCAGCAGCGAUGUUGUGCAGGGGGUUGGUGGGUGAUGGGCCACUCUGGUUUGGUUGCUUCCUCCUUGCACGUGUUUCUUUAGCGUUUUCUGUUGUCGUAAUCCUGGGAAAAAUGUGGCCGCUGUAGUCCUGCUGGCUUGCCAUAAACUACUGUAUCUCAACAGCAAUAAUAAUGAGAAUAACAGUCAGUUGUGUUAUGUGUAUCAAAUUAUCAAAACUCUUAGCUGUGCUCCAUGUGACAAAUGUCAUUCCUGAUAGCUCUGUUAUGUAUGUCACUGUUUUGUAUCUUGUAACUUUUGUUAGCUGUGUAGCGUAUGUCACCUCUGUUUGCUGUGUGUCGCAUGUCUCUCCUGUUUGCUGUGUUACACGUCGUCACUCCUAAUAGCUUUGUUACGUGUCUUGUUCCAGUUUGUUGUGUUGUGUAUGUCAAUCCUAUUAGUUGUGUUACAUGUGUUGGCUGUGUUGUGUACGCCAGCCGUGUUUGCUGUGUCAUAUGCUAUUUCUGUUUGCAUUGUUUUGUGUCUCUCUCAGAUCAGACAGCUGUUUUGAUAACUGCUCCGCAUGCCAGUUUUCCAGUUUUUUUGGGGGGUUUUGUCAAUGUCACUCUCUGCAUCAAAUGUUUUGUAAGUUGACAUUGCUAGAGGUAUUAUGUAACGUCUGUGUUAAAUGUAUGUAAAGUUCUGUCAGGUUUUUUGUUUUCUUCUUUCAUGUCACAUGGAUGUUCCAGGAGCGAAAAUUCGGUCAUUUUGGGUCAUAGUAUUAUAAAUAUCAGUAUUUUGCUUUCAGAUCUUUUGCCGUAAAGAGUCCCAUUACCAAGUAGCAUCUGCACUGCUUUCUGCAAGAUGAAAUUGGUGAUCUUUUUACUUUA